AUGGUUGGCGGGACGACUCUGGAGGACACUCCGACAUGGAUCGUCGCAUCGGUGUGCUCCGUCAUCGUCCUCAUCUCCAUCAUCUUCGAGCGCUCCCUGCAUUAUCUCGGCAAGGCGCUGGUUCACCGGAGGGAGACGCUGUACGAGGCGUUGCUCAAGCUCAAAGAAGAACUGAUGCUGCUGGGGUUCAUCUCGCUGAUGCUCGUGGUGUCGCAAGACCUGAUACAGAAGAUCUGCAUCGACGAGAGCCUCAUGGGGCACUGGUUGCCCUGCGUCCCGGGCGCCAGCUCCACGACGGCGCAUUACGGCGUCUCUGCCUCCUCCUCCGCCUCCGGCGUGAGCGUGGGCGCGAGGAGGCUGCUCAAGGGAGAGCGUGCAGCAGCAACGGGUUACUGCUCGAGCAAACAGGGAAAAGUGCCGUUGCUCUCGCUGCACGCCCUGGAACAGAUACAUAUCUUCAUCUUCGUCCUAGCUGUCACGCAUGUCGCUCUCAGCGCCUUCACCGUGCUCCUGGGGCUUCUACAGAUGCGGAAAUGGAAGCAGUGGGAGAAGAGUAUCAAGUCCGACGGCGACUGUGCUGCAGGUCCUGAGAUGAUGAUGAAGAUGCAGCAGCGCAAGUUCAUCCAGGACCGGUACAAGGGGUACGGCAAAGCCACCAUGAUCCUACUGUGGAUGCGUUCUUUCUUCAAGCAGUUCUACGGAUCGGUAACCAAGGACGAUUACAUCGCGAUGAGGCUUGGUUUCCUGAUGGAGCACUUCAGGGGGAACCGAGACUACAAUUUCUACGACUACAUGAUCAAGGCCCUCGAGAAGGAUUACAAGAGAGUCGUUGGGAUAAAAUGGUACUAUUGGAUAUUUGUAAUGUUCUUCCUGCUAAUUAACGUCACCGGGUGGCACUCAUACUUCUGGAUCUCACUUGUCCCGUUGACUCUGCUGCUUGUAAUCGGGACGAAGCUGGAGCACAUCAUAACCCGGAUGGCGUACCAGGUGAACCUGAAGCGCGCGGCCGUGGAGGCCGGGGCCAUCGCCGUCGACCCGUCGGACGACCUCUUCUGGUUCCGCAGUCCCCGGACGCUGCUCAUCCUCAUCCACUUCAUCCUCUUCCAGAACGCCUACGAGUUCGCCUACUUGUUCUGGACGCUAGCCAUGUUCGGCUUCAACUCCUGCAUCAUGGACAGGUUCGGAUACAGCGUGUCAAGAAUCACCAUAUGCGUGGUCGUCCAGGUCCUGUGCAGCUACAGCACGCUCCCCCUCUACGCCAUCGUCUCUCAUAUGGGGAGCUCGUUCAAGAGCGCCGUAUUCGCGGACGACGUUGUAGAGCAUCUCAGGGCCUGGGCCAGCGACGCUCGGGAGCGCGCACGAGGAACCGACGGCGCUGGCUGCCUGGGCGCGGGCGCGGCGGCGACAGGGUCGAGUAGGGAAGGGGUCCGAUCGCAGGACAAGGCAGAGGAGCCAGCUCCUCAACUUUCAUCAUAG